UUCUCGUAAAUGUGUUUGUAACAUAAGCGGAUUCACACUUACGUCUUAUCAUAGCACUAGACUACUAGCUCAAGUUAUUUUUCUGUCUAUAUAAAGAUUGCGUCCCUGUGUACUUCAUAGCAAGAAUCAAACUCAUUUUUUACUUGUUCAUCGUACUCACCUUUUGUGCCCCUCAUCCCACUCAUACCCAUCACUUUAUACCAUCGGACUUCGUCAAUUUCAAUUCCUCUUUCAUCAUGAAACUCAUCAUCGUCAUUCUUUCCUUCAGCAUGACCGCGCUGGCUCAGCGGGCAGGUUUGGAAAUGUGGUGUAAUAAUGGUACAGCCGGGGAUGGAGGCUGCGAAGCAAAUGGAGGAGCGACCUUCUGCGUAAGUACAACAGUAGUAUUGAUAAAGGUUGAUUUUAUCUGACUUAUUCUCCUCUAGUGCGCUCAAGACAAGGAACCGGGAAAAUUCGAUAUUAAUCGAAAGACCCUCGGUACUUCUAGAGACCCCGAUGGCAACCCAUGGUGCGGUGAAAAGGGACUGCAAGUAGUCAGAUGCGCCCCUUUGAACUAGGAAGUUGGACACCCUUGGGGAUGACGGUUCGAAAGCCAAUUUACAAGCGCUGGCACUCGGAAGCCCAGCAUCUGGCGUAUGCUGCAUUAUACCCCUUUUCCCCGAUGCUAUACGCGCUUUGUAAAGCAAGAUUUUGGGCUUGAAUGGAAUUAUAGGCAGGAUUGGUGAUGUUUUUGAACGAGUUAUUGCGUGUUUGUUUUCAUGUACAUGGCUCAUAUACCCUUAUUGUUAUUCUUUUGGGGAUACUUGGUACUGUGGUUAUUACAAGGCUUCUGAAGCAAUUGGAUUGGUUGAUCCAGGACUUCGGAUAUCAUGAGGCUGGGAGUUUGGUAUCUUCUGACAUAAUGUUAUCAUCUUGUGGAUGGAUUGCUGAUAGAUGAAUAUACUGGAAUGAAGAGGACACUUUCAAAAAUGA